CAGCAGAGAGCGUCAGAAUAGAGGAGAGUUGUCCUGGUAUCGAUUAGGAUGCUUACAACAGAGAGAGACAGAGGUAGAUAGAGAAGUGUAUUCACUUACCUGACACAUAAACACACUGCGGUUACAGAAGACUGAGCCAGACUGUGUGUCUCUACAAAUGAGUGCAAUAAACAAGAAGAUUCACAGCAUAUCUGAUUGGAGGAGAAACGUGUGAGAGAGAGAGAGAAGCAAUGAGAAAAGAUGUAAGCGAUGAAGAAAAGAGACACGGACCCUCGAGUUUGGACCACAGGGGCUUGGAGUGGUGGAAGCAGAUUCUGCAGGAUUAUUUCUGCAGGGUCCAAUGCGGUUUUUAAAUCUUGAAGCCGGCACGGAUUUGAUGAGGAAUUAUGAAGUUACGAGAAGACAGACUGAUGCAGAAGAAUUCAUUUUUGCUUCAAUGAUAUGUUUACUGCCUUUUUUUACCGAUAAAUGACAUUAAUGGAAACAAGAAGAUAGUAGUACCAGAGACACUAUAUAAAGAAGAGGAAGAGGAGAUAUGUUACGUGAAGAAAAAUGAAUGGUCCCUUCUUUCUGUGAUAGGAGCAAGUUGCAUUUUUGAUAAAGGGAACUACUUACUUUAUAAUUCUUGUCUUCCAAAAAUGUAUUUUUUGGUUGUUGAUUUUAUUUCUCAUCUGAUGCGUAUUUUGCAACGUGAUCUUGGCAAACAGUUUUGUAGUUUUUUGUCCUUCCGCAGCUGUAUUUGUGUAUCUGCAAAGUGUUACCAAAAUGGCAAGAAUAAGUCUCUUCAGGCUUUGUUCUACGCUGGCCCCGCCCCCAGCCACACCUUUUAUUUACAUCUUGGCCCCACCCUCAUCUGAACAUGCAGGUCCUUCAGAUUGUUAAGGAGCUGGUGUCGCCCUCUCGCCGUCGUGCUGCCAGCAGGUUUGGAGCGUCUGAUUCAGAGCAAGAUGCUGCAGUAAAGUUGGAACAGGAGCGAGCUGAGAUACUCGCCAAAUAUGACAAGGGUAAAGAAAGUGCAGAGGUGGCGCCAUGGGAGGAGGCAAAUUUUGAUCUGUAUAAAGUAGUGGACCGCUUCGGCUUCCUGCAUGAAAAUGAGCUUCCAGCAUAUGACAUAGUGGAGGAAAAGCAUAAGCAACUGGAAAUUGAAAGGAUCACAAAAUGGCUGAAAAUGAUGAAAAGCUGGGAGAAAUACAAGAACAGUGACAAGUUGGUAAGAAGGAUCUACAAGGAUCCACUGCAGCUCAGAGGUCAGGUUUGGUGUCUCCUGCUUGACGUCCCUAAAAUGAAGGAGGAGAAGAAGGAUUUCUAUGAGACACUGAAGAUCAGAGCAAGGGGUUUGUCUCCAGAUAUUCGUCAAAUUGAUCUGGAUGUGAAUCGAACAUAUAGGGAUCACAUCAUGUUUAUGCACCGCUAUGAUGUCAAACAGCAAGAUCUUUUUCACGUGCUUACUGCAUAUUCUGUUUAUAACACGGAGGUGGGCUAUUGUCAGGGCAUGAGUCAGAUUACCGCUCUAUUACUCAUCUAUAUGAAUGAAGAAGAUGCUUUCUGGGCGCUAGUCAAACUGCUGUCGGGACAGAAACACUCCAUGCACGGUUUCUUUGUACCAGGGUUCCCUAAACUCAUGCGCUUUCAGGAACAUCAUGACCGUAUUUUACAGAAGAUGAUGCCCAAACUCAAACAACAUCUAGAUAAUCAGGAAGUGUUUACCAGCCUGUACACCAUGAAAUGGUUCUUUCAGUGUUUCUUGGAUCGGACCCCAUUUACUCUUACCCUGAGAAUAUGGGACAUUUAUAUUCUAGAAGGAGAGCGUGUUCUGACUGCGAUGUCCUACACAAUCCUCAAACUCCAUAAAAAGGCCCUCAUGAAGUACUCAAUGGAGGACCUGGUGAAGUUUCUUCAGGUGACUUUGUCAAAGGAUUUCUUUUUUGAGGAUGACAUUGUGAUAGAACAGCUUCAAAAUUCUAUGUCUGAGCUGAAACGCUAUAAACUGGAUCUGCCACCUCCAGGUAAUGAAGAUGAGCUUCCUAAGAAACCCUUGGGUCAACUUCCUCCUGAGCCUGCAGGAUUGACUGCAGCAACAACCAAUCACGUGGCUAACGGGCAGCCAGUCGGACCAACAGGCGAGGGUCCGCCCCCUCAUUCUAGCCCUGCUGCAAGUGUCAGUAAACAAGCCGAAUCUGUUCACAUCACUGACGGAUCACCAGAAAGGUACCAAGAAAGCCGGCCAUCAAGCUCCCUGGACAAGGUGCACCAUCCGAGCCAAAGUGAGAGGGAGGUGCGGAGAGCAGACCCUCAAAAGGAAAAGUUCCCAAACCACGUGCCCAACAACAGCGUGGCGGAGAGUGGGAAAGCUUCAAAACCGAUGAAUCACAACUCUAGUGCUAGAUCUAGCAUGCGCAGGGACCGGGACAUCACACCUCGGUGGGUCAAGCCUUCCGAGGAUAAAUUGGAAGCGUUUAAAACAGCAGCACUUCGGGAAAGCCAGUCGAGUUUAUCUACGGGUGUUCCACCUUCACCAAGCUCCCAAACUGCAGAGGAGGCCACUGGGGCUCAACAGCGACCGCGUUCCCGAGGUUUCGUUCCUGGCACCGACCGUGGAUCCAAUGCUUCGCAAUACGACAACGUACCAGGUGGAGAAGUCAUGGAGAUUAUAGAGCUGGAGAAGCCACCUUCUCGCCCUCCAUCUCGACCAUACGUAGGACCUACUUUGAGGCAAGGUAGCCCCACCCGUCCCCCUAGCGGUGGAAACGGUGUUUCUCAGUUCAGAAUGCCCAAACAGAACAUGAUGAUGUCAUCCAAACCAGAACUGCGUGCGCCUCUGCAUUAUCCACCCGGCAUGACGCCUGUCUACACUACCUACGUAUCAGAUUUUCAGGCAGAGGAUAGACUGUAUGGCCAGCCGUAUGGCGAAAUGAUUUACGCAACAACGGGACGUAUCUCAUCUAACAAUUCACCGGAGAAAGCAUUAAUGAACAACAGCUACAUAACCUACCGGCGGCCACCACCCGGCAUGCCGUCUUUACGGGUUUCUCCUCCUGAACUUGCGGCUCAAAUGGACAGUGUUGGUGGACAUUACCUGAGACAACCGACAAGGUCUCACGCAUACCCAUACACAGAACAGCGUUAUGAGGAACAGCGUUAUGAGGAACAUAGGCGAAGAGAUGGCUGGUAUGGAGAAAUGGAGGCGGGGCCUUCACACAUUUCAGCGGGAUUACCUCGAUCUCCCAGCUUCCAGGCCGCUCAAAUGUCACCCGUUCACACGGUUCAGGAGUUGGCCUUUGCUCGCACGCCCAUCUCAGAUCAUGCCAUGCUUCAUUUCAGAGGACGCUACCAAGAGCAUUCUGGCAGGCAACAGCUCCCUCCACUGUUUGGAGGAGCACACUACAGGCAGGCGCAAGAGUCAAUGAUACUUUGAGACAAACAAACUGAAAUAAAGGGACUGAAGUAA